GACCAACAAAAUACUACGCGGGUGUUACCAAGGCCAUAAGAAACACUCUUAGUGUCCAGAAAAAACUUUCAGCAAUAUCUCAAUGCCCCGCAUUGGGUGCUCUAGUAAUAGACUUUCAACAAAAUUUUCAUCAGUCAUGUGACUUCAAACUUCAAACUUAUCUGAACAAAUUUUCAUCAGUCAUGUGACUUCAAACUUCUCUGAAGCAAAUUUUCAUCAUCAGUAUUUUGUACAACAUAGUAUAUGUGCCAGUUGACUAGCCCAAUUUAUGUGACUUCCGUGCAUGCUCCACCACAUAUGUGAUGAACAUGUGGGCCUACACAGUUGAAAGGCAUGCAUUCAGCGUCGUUCCCCAAACAGGCGCCCACUCCUGUCUGACUCUGGGGUUUGGCAGCUUCUCAAAAGUCCACCUCUCUUUUUGUUCUUUACCUCUUCUCCCUGCUCCAACUCUGGUUGUGAUCCAUGGUAUGGCUGGUAUGGCUGUAUAUCAAUGCCGUAUAUGCAUGGCCUACUCAAAUUUCACUUCUUUGCGGGGUUGGUAUGGAGCAACCCAAGCGCUUGGGUUACUAAUGGGUUGGGAGGCACAUGGUGUGGCUGAUCA